CGGGUUUUCCCGGCGCCCGGUCCUCUCCACUGAACUCCAACCCCCGCGCGCUCUAUCAGCAUCUCAUUCCUGUCUCAAUAUGUCUCAAGAUGGCGGCCAAUGCAGGAUCGAUGUUUCAAUAUUGGAAGCGCUUUGACUUACAACAACUACAGAAAGAACUAGAUGCCACCGCCACACAGCUUGCCAACAGACAGGACGAGAGUGAACAGUCCAGAAAGAAACUAAUCGACCUGAGCCGCGAGUUCAAGAAGACCACUCCUGAGGAGUUACGGAAACAGGUUGCACCGUUGCUCAAGAGUUUCCAGGGAGAGAUUGAUGCCUUGAGUAAGAGAAGUAAAGAAGCAGAGGCCGCCUUCUUGAACGUCUACAAGAAAAUAAUUGAUGUCCCAGACCCUGUACCUGUGUUGGAGCUGGCUCAGCAGCUGCAGCUGAAGCUCCAGAGGAUGCACGACAUUGAGACAGAGAACACCAAACUUCGAGAGACACUGGAGGACUACAACAAAGAGUUCGCUGAUGUUAAAAACCAAGAGGUGACCAUCAAGACUCUGAAGGAGAAAAUCCGGGAGUACGAGCAGUCUCUUAAGAACCAAGCUGAGAACCUGGCUCAAGAAAAGCAGCUGCAGCUACACAACGACUAUGCAGAGAAGGAGAGGAAACUCGAGGAGAGCCAGGCCUCCAUGUCCACAAGGCUGGAAGAAGCUGACCACAAAGUCCAGUCCUUACAGACAGCACUUGAAACAACUCAGGCUGAGCUCUUUGAUUUGAAGACAAAGUAUGAUGAGGAAUCUACAGCAAAGGCCGAUGAGAUCGAGAUGGUGAUGACAGACCUGGAAAGAGCCAAUCAGCGAGCAGAAGCAGCUCAGAGAGAAGCGGAGGCACUCAGAGAGCAGCUGUCCUUGAGUAACCAGUCCCAGCAGCUCAGCAGCCCGCCCAAGGCCAGCCCAAACGCGGAACAGACGGCUGAGGCGGCAACCCACUCAAGUCUGGAAGCGGAGCUCAGGGCCAAAGAAAGGGAGACCGCCCAGCUGGUGGAGGACGUCCAGAGACUGCAGGCCAGCCUGACCAAACUCCGAGAGACCACCACCUCUCAGAUCACACAGCUGGAGCAACAGCUCAGCAGCAAGUCUGCGGUCCUCAAGGAGCUAGAGGAGAAACUUGAGAAGCAAGCUGACUAUGAGGAGGUGAAGAAGGAGUUGAGUAUCCUCAAGACUAUGGAGUUUGGGACAUCAGACUCUGUGCAGGAUUCUUCCAAACCUCUGGAAGUACUGCUGCUGGAGAGGAACCGCGCUCUUCAAUCGGAGAGUGCUGCUCUGCGCAUUGCCAACAGCGAGCUGAGUGGGUCAGCCGGGCGAAAAGGGACAGAAGAGUCCACAACGAAGGAGGAGGCGAACAGCGACCCCUCUUCUUCGUCCCCUCCUCCCCCUCCCUCUCUCCCUUCCUCCUCUCAGCUGCCCCUGUCUCGCACUCACAUGGACACCGUCAACACUGCCACCACCAACACCAGCGAAACACACCCUUUCACUCCAACAGGCAUUGGACAGGACCUCUACUCCCCCGUGUUCCCUCUAGUGGGUGGUAAGAUGGCUUUGAACUCCCUGAUUCAGCGGCAGCUGCUCCAGACCUUCUAUUCGAAAGCCUUGCAGGAGUCGUCUGGAAUCCACAGUGGAGCUCUGCUGUUCACCCCCUUCACUCCAACUCUCAGCUCCAUCCCUACCUCCACCCCUGGCUCAGGGUCUGCCUCCAUCCCCCUGGCAGCCAGCAGCCCCCAGCCACCUCCAGCCAGUCCAGAUAUGGCUCCCGUCAACGGGAGCAGCACCGCGGGCAGUGCCCCGUCCCCGUCACCCAGCCACUCCGACGCUACCACCGGCAGCGUUUUGGACGGAGAGGACAUGGACACAGCAGAGAUUGCCCGUCAGGUGAAAGAGCAGCUGAUCAAGCACAACAUAGGACAACGUGUGUUUGGCCACUAUGUGCUGGGAUUGUCCCAGGGUUCGGUCAGCGAGAUCCUGGCCAGACCAAAGCCGUGGAACAAGCUGACCAUCCGUGGGAAGGAGCCCUUCCAUAAGAUGAGGCAGUUCCUGGCCGAUGAGCAGAAUAUCCUCGCCCUGCGCAGCAUCCAGGGAAGGCAGAGAGAGGGCUCAGGCCAGCCCCAGCUUAGCCGAGUGUUUCAGGAUGUUCCGAAGCGGAGAACCCUCUCCGAUACUGCUUCGCACACAGGUAACAUCACUGCGCGUGUCCGUACCCCAGAGGCAGGAUCAGAUGAAGCUAUCAAGUCCAUUCUGGAACAAGCCAAAAGAGAGCUGCAGGUGCAGAAAGCUGACUUGUCCCAUGUUCAACCAUCAUAUGUGGGACUGAAAGGAGGUGGGGGAGGCGGAGUAGGAAGCGGAGGGGGCAGUGGAUCAGACGAAGCUAUCCGCUCCAUCUUGGAGCAAGCACGCAGAGAGAUGGAGGCUCAACAGGCUGCACUAGAGCCCAUCCUCAAGGCUUCGUCUUCAUCCUCAUCACUAUCUCAGAGGGAUAUGCUGAGCUCUUCUCUCACCGCCCCCCUCCCACCUUACAACCCUCUGGCUCUCUCCCUCAAGAAGCCUGCCAGCUCCCUCUUGUCCUCGCCCUCAUCCCCGUCUCCAGUUCUGGACUUCAGCUCCGGCGUGAAGCGGGAGAGAGCUUCUUCAGGGAUCGACAUGUCUGCUGAUGGAGUGCUCAGACUGGGCCGGACCUCAGAGGGCUCGUCCCGCUCCGGAAGCACGGGAGGCGUGGGUUACUGGAGAGAGCAGUGGUGGAGCAACAUGCACACGGAUUCCCGAAGGACAAUCUCCAAUCAGACAGGAGAGGAGAACCACCACCUGGAGGACUCCAAAGAGGGGAUACUGAGCGAUAGUCUGUCCCGACACAAACCUUGGAACAAGUUAAACCAGAGGAGCAGAGAGCCAUAUCUUCGCAUGCAGCCUUGGCUCAAUGGAGACCAGGGGCAAAACACACUCAUCCAACAAGCUCAGAACCAAGCAGAGGGUACUCCCAAGACAUCAGCAAGCUGCAGCCCCGCUCCCGAAUCCCCCCUCAGUUCAGCCGAGGAGUCUGUCAAUGGUCUCACUGGGGAUCCGCUUGUUUCGCAAACUUCCAGCCUCAAACCUAUGUCAGAAGAUCCCUCUGGUGGGGAGUCUCAGCCUGGCACCCCUUUGCCUCUCCCAGGUCACUCGGGUCUCAGCAUCCAGGAGAUGGUUGCAAUGUCUCCUGAGCUUGAUACUUAUGCCAUCACCAAGAAGGUUAAGGAAGUGCUAACUGAUAAUAACCUUGGCCAGCGUCUGUUUGGGGAGACAAUCUUGGGUCUGACUCAGGGCUCUGUCUCAGACCUGCUAGCCAGGCCCAAACCGUGGCACAAGCUGAGCCUGAAGGGUAGAGAGCCCUUUGUCCGCAUGCAGCUUUGGCUACAGGACCCACACAGUGUGGAAAAACUCAUGGACAUGAAACGCCUUGAGAAGAAAGCUUACAUGAAGAGGCGGCUGAGCUCCCUGAGUGACAGCCAUCCCGUGGACGGAGGUCUGGCAGGGCCAGAUUAUGUGCAGGGUUCCCAGAGCCCGGGACAUCAGCACCUGAAGAAGCCCAGAGUCGUGUUGGGCCCUGAGGAGAAGGAGGCCCUGAAACGGGCUUAUCAGCAGAAGCCUUACCCCUCCCCUAAAACCAUAGAGGAGCUGGCCUCCCAGCUUAACCUGAAGACCAGUACUGUCAUCAACUGGUUCCAUAAUUACAGGUCACGCAUUCGAAGAGAGCUCUUCAUAGAGGAGAUCCAGGCAGCUGGAGGAGUAGGGCCUGGCAGUGAGGGCGGUUCUCCUUCUCUCCGUGGGUCCAAGUCAGGAGAAGGUGACAGCUGUGAUGGGACAGAAUCCGAGGGCACAGUGGAGACUCGCCAGGGACUGGGCAUUGGCCUGGAGGACCCAAGAGGAUGCAAAGACCAUGAUAUGGAGGCUGAGUCCGAGGCGGGGGGUUCUAAUAACUCCCCCGUCCAGUUAGACUGCACCACCUCAGGCUUAGUCGGACCAGGCUCCAGCUGUGGACAGAGUGGACUGGGGCUGUUCAGUCUCACAGAGGCAUCUUCCAGUAGCUCUGCCUCUAGUACAAACAUCCCAGCCUCUGGCCCCACCAGAAACCCCAGGGACAACAAUCUGCGCAAGAAGAAAGCAGCCAAUCUCAAUAACAUCAUCCACAGGCUGGAGAAGGCUGCAAGCAAAGAGGAUCCUUCAGAGUGGGAGUUCUAGCUCCCCCUGACUGUCCCUCAUCCCUUUCGUCUCAUAACCUCACAACCUCUAACCUUGGACCCCUCCUGCUUUGUUCCAGUUGGAGGGCGGACACAGCCAAAGUCAAGCUCAGCAGCCAUUUUUAUUACAUAAAAGCUUUCCAAAAAGAGGAAAGAAGCAAAGAGUGGUUGGCAAAACCCUUAAAAAGAAGAUUUACUGAUUACAUAGAAGAACAAAAUAAGAUAACUUAAGUGUCUCUCCUUAUUAUUAUAAUUUUUUUCUUUUUUUUUUUCUUUUUUUUUUUUUUUAACUGAGUUUUGUUUUUGUACUGAGAAAAAGCACUUAGCCGUCCUGCUGGCCUCUGGCCCUGCUGUACCUCCCCCUAUCACCAGCCACUGGUGCACCAGACUGGUUAGUCCUGAGCUGGGGUCUGACCCGCAGCUGGGGUAGAAACCUGUACUCAGUAACACAGGCAAGGCCUGACACAGCAGCUGUCACAGUGAUAGACACUGAUAGAUGGUAGAUAGAGACAGGAACUCUUACAAGAACUCUCACUUUCUUAAAGGAGAUUUUUUUCCGCUCUUCUUCUCACCUCCCAAGUGUCCACAAACCUCCCCUCACUCAGUGAGACGCCUCAUUUUUCACACUGUAGAGUGACUGUUACAAACCCUUUGCCUUUUUCACUCACUGCGUGUGUGUUGUAUGUUAGGGGUUGUGUCAGUGUGCACCUGUGUGUGUGUGUGUGUGUGUGUGUGUGUGUGUAUACACACCAAAAAAUUGUAUGUAUGUGUGUGUGUGUGUGUGUUCUCUUCUCAAUGGCAGCAUGAUUUUUGUUUUGGGUUUUUUUUGUGUUAAUGUCACUCCUACACUCUUAAGAGGGUAGUGGAAGGCCUGCCGGCUGAGCUGCCAUGGUUACUAAUGUAAGACAGAUGAACUUUGACCUGUUGUGUCCCAUAUCCUAUCCUGCUGACAGCCAUGUGAUGGCCAGAAGGAUCUGCAAUUCCUCACAAAUACACGCACUCAUCUGAAGAGGAAGGAAGGAAAGAAGGAACCCUCUUUUUUGCCUCCUUAGAUCCUUCUUUUUAGGAUUGAGGAUGAUCUGUUUUUGAUACUGCAAUUUGGUUGCCAAUAAGAGAUUGCACAGUCUAUUGACUCUAAAGAGUACAAAAUAGGGAAUUUUAGAAAGCAUUUUAAAUUAGUACAAAGUAAGAACAUAAAAAAAUAAAAGAAUAAGUUACUGUUUUAAAAAAAACCAACAAAUUAGAAUGGAAUAAUAUUUCAUUGUUAAAUGAAUUCACGUAGUACUGUAGCUGUCUGACAUGGUAAUACUGCACGUGUCUCUCGUUGUUAGGUUGUGCACGUCACAGCUGCGCCCAGCACUGGAUCUGCUGGGUGUGUGUGUGUGUGUGUGUGUGUGUGUGUGUGUGCGCGUGCGUGCGUUUGUUUGUGUGUAUGUGUGUGUGUCUGUGCGUGCACAUCACUGGCAAAACUUUCUCCAUUCACAAACACGUGUUUUUAUAGGCCAAAUCAGGAAGAGUGCGUGUGAGUGUCCCGUGUGUGUCUCCUUGUGUGCAUUUGUACUUGCCUGCAUGCAAGUCAGGGUUAAGGUCAAUUCACUCAGUUGAAUUUAUGAAGUAGAUGAUGGAGAAAUGAAAUUCUUGACUGAAAAAGAAAAAAAAAAGGGUUUAAGCAAAUGAAUUGCUGAAACUUGAUUUAAUGUGUCCUUUCUGCUCGUUGCUGUCAAAGUGAGUUCACCCCGACCCUGGUGUGAGUAGUUGCCACUCUCCUCCAGUUUAUCCUGUAUCCAGGGAUGUAAGUCUUUUGCAUUAAAUUCUACUGUAUACACUACAAAUGAUAAGGCAUAUCACCACCUCCCUGUCCCACACAAGCCCUCAGUGCCUGUCAGCCCACUGCCUCCCCUUUGUGCGUGUGCGAGAUUUUGCGUGGAUGCAUGUACACGCAUGCCUGUUAAUACAUGCGUGUACACGUGUGCAAGAUUGACGAGUGUUACGUGUAUCCAACGAGUGGGGUCAUAUUUCGUAUCUACUUGCACACACUACUAGUGCACAACUGACACCCUUCUUUAAGCUGUUUGAUGCGUUACCAUUACAUUAAUCUUCUCACAAAGUAGUGUAAUACUAUGAUUUACUGUAGCUUGGUUUUAUUGCUAUUUUGCAUUUAUAGUUUGGUUUUUAUUCUGCUUAUUUAUAGGUGCUGUAUUUUUCAUUUAAUGUCUUAUCAUAUGAGUUGUCUAUUUUUUAAGGGAUUAUACUGUUCCUGAGGGCAAGUAACAUUUUUAUUAGACUUAUAGACUGCCGGCAGUAUUGGUUAAUAUUUACAAAGAUGUACUAGUUCUCGUUUGUUUGUAUAUUCAUGAAUCCUAAAGUUUAGUGUCAUUUCAAUAGCUUUUAAAAUGUGUUUGCUACAGUCCAUGCUCCCGUAAGCAUAAAGCUCUUACCACAACUCUUAUGCUCUUAAAUUGCUAGCUAGAGAAUCAAAGGACAUAUCAAGAUCAGUGAACAUAUGAUAGUCUUUAUUUUCCUGUUUCCUAUUCUCUGAUCAUCAUCUUUUUUUUUUUUUGUCUCUUUUUUUCUCGGGCACGCCCAACACUAACGCUUGGCAGAGCAUGCAGCCAAACUUUGCCCAUCCAUUAAUUAAUCAUAUUAACAUAAUUAACAGGUCCAAAUUUAUACUCUUUGUCAAAUAGGUCAAAUAAAAUUACCUUAACUUGAGAACACAUGCUAACUUGAAAGAGGUCAUAUCUGCCAAAUUGAGAUUAGAGAAGUGUACCAGCUAGCAGGUGUGCUACGCAACAUUGAGCAGAGAUAGCCAGCCUAUGAUUAUGCAGAAUUUUUAUUGCAGUUAGUAACAAAGCACUUAUGAGGAUCUUUUUAUGACUUAACCUUGGACAGGGUCUGUAAACACUACAACAAAGUACGAUCCCAGGAUACUGGGAAGUGUAUGCCUUUUUUUAAAAGAGAGAGAGAGGGAGAGAAAAAAAAAAGUGGUUGUAAACCAAGCACAGACUCUUAUCCACUUCCUAACACUAAACAUGAAAACAUAAGGUGGCUGUACCCAUUUCUUCUAUGUGAUAAACCGUAAUCCUAUCCAGCAAACUUACUUCAAACUCCAGAUAAGUGUGUGACGCAGAGAGCCGUUGUCCUGUACAUUUGUAGAUAUAAGUAACCUCCUGCUUUGGUUUCUAUUUCUAUUCAGAGUCCUGUCAGUUCCCUUUCCCUGAACGUGCAUCCAGAUCUAUUGACAAGCCUGUCAAACAAUACAGAUAUCACGAUGCCACUGCUUUUCCGACGCAUUAAUUCGAACAAAUCUGAUAAUUGUAAAACUUCUCGAUCGCCGGCUCUUCCUGCGGAGGACGGAUGUGAGACAUCCGUCCUCCGCGACCUGAAGGCCUUCUGUCUCGACUGCUUGGACUAGAAACACCACAGCAUGUGUUGCAGUGAACAAUAGCUACUGUAAAGUAGAAGCACUUAAACCAUCCGCCAUUUAAUAUCCAGAUCCGUCAGCACACCUAACCACGUGAGAUCAUCAGAUUUGUGCCUUUAACUGCCAAGCAGGGCACCAAACUAGUGAUGUCAUCAGACAUAGUUUCAACCGACUUAUUCGUGGUAUAUCUCGCACCCUGAUCUAUAUCUGUAUUCGUCAAACUUUGCAUUGGUACAAGUUUUCUCGGCUCUCUGGAAAGAGUUCGGAAGUGGAGGGAAACGGUAAUAACGUGGGGAAGCAGGGUUGUAUAUUCUUAUGGAAGAGCUGCAUUUCAGUCCAGGUCUCAUUUCAGGCAGUUGUUCUUUUCAUUUUAUUUCUCCCCUAUAAUGCAUUUCUUAUGUUGUACAUAAAUUAACUAGCAGCAAAAGGCCAGAGCAUUGAAUGAAGGAGGAAGCAUGCAGAAACAGCAUACACUGUAAUAACACUGAAUUUAUUCGUGGGGCAUUUUGUAUUUUUCUGUUUGUGUCAGGUUUGCUGUGACAUUACGGCACUACAGGUAUUGAUAAUGACGUGUGCCAAUUCUGAUGGUCAUUUCGAAAAGAGACGUGUAAAUACAGUCGAUCGAGUAGCUGACUGAUUCACUAUUGUCACAGUGUGCUUUUGUUCGAAGGCAAGAGGAGAGAAGGGACGAUUCAGGACUUUUCCAUGAUCCACAGAUAUUUUUCUACAAAUUUAAAUCAGAUGAUUCUAUACACUGUUGAAUAACAUUGUAAAGGUGUAACAGAUGCUGUAUAUCAUAUCAUGUUUUCUGAAGUCGUAAAGCUUUACUGUAUGAUCUGUUGAAGUAGUGGUUAUUCAUUUGACGCAUUAGUUGUAAUGGAAGCCCGAACAGCAGCACUGGUCACCAUAUUCAGGAAAAAAAAUGGCAAAAAAAAGAAAAAAAAAAAAGAAAGAGAAAAUCCUCAGAUGUUUUUUGUAAUACUUUUAGAAUAUAUCUUAUGAAGUGGGUUUUGUAAGGAAACACUUUCUGAAUCAGUGGUGCUGUAUGCAUAGCACACUCAGUAAUACAUUUACACACAAUACAGCACAAAUACACUCAUCCUUUAACCCCCCCCCCCCCCCACUCGCGUUGUUUUUUGAUUUGUUUUUCACUCAUGUUGGCUCCUGCUAAUAAUUUUUAAGUCUUAAGCCAUUUCUUCCUCAACUCCUCCUCAUGUUUUUAACUAUUUUAACAGUCGGAGAUCAACUCUGGAACAAUAAACAUUUCAGUUGACUCUCACGAGACUUGAGAGGAAACGACACAAAAAAAAGGAGAAAUACAAAAAAGAA